AUGGACAUAGUGGUGAUGAUGCAGCGAGUUUUACUGGGUAACACGAAACAGCGUAAAUAUUUACCUUACAUUACAAGUUUUACCAAGGAGAAGCAGAAAGAGGAGGUUGUGAAAUUAGGAGUGGAGCUCUCUCUCUUCGUGGCUGAAACAAUGUUCCUAUUAUCCGAUGACAUACGUUCUACAUUGACCGGUCCGGUUUUUGGAAGGCUGUUUCGUGUUGUUGAAUAUGUGUUUAUAGCACAUAUCAAACCCAAGAAUGGAAUCUAUCAUGAUGGUGGCAUAUCAAUCCACUGCCAGCAGUCCAAAGCGUUGUACCCAAAUUUUACUUCUGUAAAAUUUUUGGAUCGUAUUGUUAUGAUUCUAAAAAACGGUGGCGGAGUGAAAUUGUGUGGUUUCGGAUAUUGCAACCAAGAGGUGAAGAAGCUAGCAGAGAAGUUAGGGUAUUCCAAGGAUGUUUCGAAGGCGAAUGGAUUUGUGAGGGAAGCGAUAAAGUGUAACAUUUUCCAGUUGUGGAAACCUCUUUUUGGAACGACACCUGAAGUGAUAAACCCUAUUACAAGAGUUCUUGAGCUGUAUGGGCCUGUUGGAAACAAAUUUAACCAGAUUGCAUGUUGUGAGCGCCUUGCUUCUUUAGUAAUAUGA